AUGGCUUCGUGCAUGUAUCGUGUAGGCGAUUACGUCUACUUCGAAGGAAAUCCAAUAGAACCUUAUAUAAUUCGACGAAUUGAAGAAUUAAAUAAAACCCCAAAUGGCAAUGUUGAAGCACGUGUUGCUUGUUUCUAUCGUCGUCGUGAUAUCUCUUCAUAUCUAAUCAAUCAAGUUGAUCGUCUUAAACUCGAUGUUCCAUGGGAAGAUGAGGAUGAAAUAACAAAUGAUACAGGAUCAACAAAUCUAAGUGGGCAACAAAUUGAAUUAAAUGAUAUUCAAAAACAUCAAUUACGUCAUCGUGAAUUAUUUUUAACACGUCAGAAUGAAACAUUAUUAGCAACAAAUAUACGUGGAAAAUGUUUAGUUGUUCUACAUAAUGAAACUGAAACAUUUUCAUCAUAUCUUAAUUCUGAGGAUCUUUUUUUUUAUCAACUUGUUUAUGAUCCAAAUCAAAAAACUUUAAAUGCUGAUCGAGGUGAAAUUCGGGUUGGUGGAAAAUAUCAAGCUGAUGUAUCGAUUCAACCAUUAUCUAAUGAUGCAAACCAAGACACAUUAUCAUCAAGAGAAGAUUUAAUCUGGAAUGCAAAUGGUGGUUUAACAGAAAAACAAAUUGAACAAUAUUUAAUUGUUGCAAGAUCCAUCGGUACAUUUGCUCGUGCACUUGAUUGUCCAACAGCAUUAAAACAUCCAAGUCUUCAUAUGAGUGCAGCAUCAGCAUCACGUGAUGCAACAUUAUUUUUUGCAAUGGAUACAUUACAUAAACAUCAUUAUGAUUUAGCUUUAGCUACAUGUAGUUUAGUACCAAAUACAGGACCAAUACUUGUUAAAGAUCAAAUGGAAGAUUGGUCUGCUGCUGAAGCUAAUUCAUUUGAAGAUGCUGUUGAAAAAUGUGGAAAAGAUUUUCGUGAAAUACAAAAAGAAUACUUACCAUGGAAAAGUUUAAAAGGUAUUAUUGAAUAUUAUUAUAUGUGGAAAACAACAGAUCGUUAUGUUGUUCAAAGACGUUUAAAAUUAGCUGAACAAGAAAAUAAAUUAAAACAAGUUUUUAUACCAAAUUAUAAUAAAGCACAUCAAUGUUUAAUUCCACAACGAAUACAAAAUGAAAUUAAACCAUGUGAAUCAUGUGGAACAACGUCAUCAUUGCAAUGGUAUCAAUGGAGUACAGCUCAACCACAUACAAGACUUUGUGCGGAAUGUUGGAUUUAUUAUAAGAAAUUAGGUGGUUUGAAAUAUUUGAAAAAAAGUGGUCCUGAUCGACGACAAGAACGAGCUGCUACUAUCACUAAAUUGGUUAGUUAUAAAUGUAAUGUUAAUGGUUGUGAAAAGGAAUAUAAAAAUAAAGCUGCUCUUCAACGUCAUUAUGCCAUAUCCCAUGGAAUAAUGUUUCGUUCUGGUAGUCCACGUCCAUUAUCAAAACCACGUAAUACAUUUGCUUUAUAUACAACACCAUUAUCACGUGCUAUUCGUCCAUUAUGUUCAAUUCGACAUCUUGCACGUUGUCUAUCAUUUACAACUGAUAUGAAUGAUAUACUUCAUCAAUGGGAAAUAUUUAUUAACGAAAAACCAUCACGUGAUAUUCGUAAUAUAUGUACAUGUCUUCAUAAUUUAUAUAAACAAAAAAAUGAACAAAGAAAAUGUAAACAUUUAUACGAUUUAUUUCCAUAUAAAGAUGAGAAUGAAACAAAUAAAACAUUCGAUGAUUAUAUGCCUAAAUAUGAAGAAAAAAUAAAUAAUCAUAAUGAAUCAAAUUUACCAGUACGUUAUCCAAAAUUACAAGAUAAUUCAGCCGAUUUUUAUGCACAAUUUACUCAUUUAAAUAUAAGUAUUAUGAAAAAACGGCCUUAUGAAUCAAAUGAAAAUUCAAAUGAUGGUCCAUCACCAAAACGAACAUUAAUUACUCGACAAAAUUUAAUUAAAAAUAAAUCACCUAACCCAGUAAAAUUAUCACAUUCACGUGCUUAUACUGUUCCAUUUGUUGAUCCUCCCGAUGGCAUUUAUUUACGUGUAACAAAAGAUAUUAAACGAUUAAGAAAAGAAAUUCCUCAAAAAGAAAUUCGUCGUAUUGCGCGUGCCCCAUGGAAAAAGCUCAAUACAAAUUUUGUCUCUACGAUGGAUCAAAUAAAUGUUCAACGAUGGGCAAAUUCUUUACGUCAAUUUCGUCAAAAUCAUUUUCAGUCACCGAUUAUGACCGGCGUCUAUGUAGAUAAUCAAAAUGGUCUUCGAAAUGCAUCAACAACAAUGAAAACAAAAGAAAAUGAAUCACCUAAAGACAAUCCGAAAUAUUCUUUUACAUUAGAUUUUUCAUCUUCCAAAAAAGAUUCUUAUCGUACAUUAAUAAAACCACAACUUUAUACAUUUGACAUGACAACUAAAGAUGAAGAAAAUUUUCAUUGUCCAUCGGAUAUUCAACUUUGUGAUAAUCAAACAUCAAAUAUCGUCAUUUCAUCAUCAGAUCAUCAUGAUAUUGAUACAUUAAGUGAUUCUGGUACUUAUAUAAUUGAAGAUGAUGGUGAUAUUGCACAUGAUGAUGAAUUAGAACAAAAAAAUAAUUCUUCAUCAACAUUUAAACGAUAUGUAAAUCAAAUAAAAAAUCGUCAUGGAACAUUUGAUAUACAUCAAUUAGUAUCAUCAACAACAAAAACAAUUAAUCGUCCUAUUAUUGAUUCGAAUAUUUCAACAAAUGAAUUCAUUUCAUCAUCAUCAUCAUUUCUUUCAUUUUCAAAUGAAAAUGAUCAUAACAUACAUAAAGAAUUUGAAGAUACAUUUGAAAAUAAAUCUUCUAAUGGUCUUAUUGAUACAUCAAAUGUUUUUUUACAACAACAAUCGAUAACAUCAUCACAAAAUCAAAUAAAACCAGCCGAAUAUUUUGUUAUUUCACCAACAUUGGAAACAAAACCUUUUCCAACUAAAAAUAUUCAUCGACGAAAAAGAGAUACUUCACAGAAAACAAAAUUAACAGAAAAAUCUAUUCCUAUUAAAGAUCCAAAUGUCAAUCAAUCAAUGUCUUCUCCAUUAUCAUCUCGUUCUAAUCAAAAUCCUAUAGAAAAAUAUUCAUUUUAUCUUGAAAAACAAUCACCUUCUAUCGAAACAUCUAUUCAACCACAAACAACUAUAAAUGAACAAACAUAUUCCUUAGAAUCAUUUCAACGUAAUUCAACCAUAUGUCAAACAACAUCUACCAAUUCUCAAUAUCAACAACAGACAUCUUCAUCAUCUUCAUCAUCAUUAACAACAAAUAAUAAUGAUUGUGAUGAAAUAAAACCAAAUUUUACAAAAUUUUAUAUGAAUAAAACAUUUAUAUUACGUCAACAAAGUUCAAAUAUUUUAUCAUCAACAUCAAAACCAAUUCAACAACAGCAACAAAUUUUAUCAAAAACAUUAUCAUGUCAAAAUUCAAAAUCAACUAGAACAAUUUCAUCAAAAAUUAAUUCAAAUAGACAGAUAAAUCGAACUGUUCAAUUACGUCGUGCACGCGCACAAGCAAAAAUCGAAGAAUUAUCUCAACGCACAACAAAACAAUUAUAUAAAAGUGAUCAUCAAAAUGAUAUAAUGGGUACAUCAUUGGAUAGUGAUGCAAGUAGCAAUAGUAAAAAAGAGUUGAUCAAUUUACGAUCAAAUCCUCAAACAACAACAAAAACAAAUAUAACAUCUCCACGACAAGAUAUGUUAACAACACGAACAAUAUCAUCUUCAUCAAAUCAUCGAUCUACAUCCGAAAGUCCAAAACUACAUGAAGAAACAUCAUCAAGAUAUCGAAAUGCUAUGAUAUCAAUUGUCACAAAUGACGAACAAUAUCAAAAAACAAGUACAAAUGCUUCUAGUAUUGAAGAAGAACGAUGUGAUUCAUUACGUGAUAAUGGACAAAGGUUAGCAAUUAAAUUAAUUCAACUUUCAUCUGGAAUAUUGGAAAAAUUAAAACCAAAUGAAUCUAUUACUGAUGAUGAUAUCAGCUUACGUGAAUUACAACAAAUUGUUGAUAAAUUGGAAACGAUCAAUCGAACAUUAAGCUUUAUCGAUGCAUCAUUAACCGAUUCAAGCAAUAUUGAUCGUUCUGUCUAA